AUGUCACUCAAAGCCUCUCCGCUACUCUCAUGUGUAUGCUUACUUAUCGUCCUAUUCCCUUCCUACGCAGAGCCGCCGACGGCGCCGGCUGCAGGGGAGAAACCACCUUCCACAUUCGAGUUUAUCAAACGUUUGCAAGGAUGUCGGAAAGGUGACAACGCUGAAGGGCUAAAACAUCUCAAGAAUUAUCUUAAAAGGUUUGGUUAUUUGGAGGAUUUUUUCACUAUCAAUGGAGAAGAGGAAAAUGAUGGUUUCGAUGAUUUCCUAGAGUCGGCCGUCAAAACUUACCAGACCAAUCACCGCCUCAAAGCCACCGGAGUUUUGGACGCGGAAACCGUGUCGCUGAUGGCGACGCCGCGGUGCGGGGUGGCGGAUAUAGUCAACGGCCAGAACUUGAUGCAGCGUCCCUCCGGGAUAAUCCGCCGCCGCCGGCUCGGAUCCUUUCACGCCGUUUCGCGUUACGUUUUCUUCGACGGCCAGCUGAGGUGGCCGGACGGACUGAGCCACCUGACAUAUGGAUUCGCACCGGGCACGCCGCCGCAGUUCAUUCCCCAGGUGGCAAUGGCGUUCGCGGAAUGGGCCGAUAAGAGCCAUUUCUCGUUCUCGGAAACCGACUACGCAACCGCAGAUCUAAAGAUUGCUUUGUUCGUCGGCGAUCACGGCGAUGGGUACCCGUUUGACGGCCCCUUCGGCGUCCUGGCCCACGCCAAAGCACCCACCGGCGGCUUGUUUCACAUCGAUGCUGACGAGCCUUGGUCCGCAGAUCCUUUGCCGGACCAGAUGGAUAUCCAGUCCGUAGCGUUGCAUGAAAUCGGACAUCUCCUCGGACUUGCUCAUAGUAACCUACGCGAAUCUGUCAUGUGGCCAUCUAUUAAUGCUGGUGUCAAGAGCAGAGUAUUACACGAAGACGAUGUUGAAGGAAUCACAACUCUUUAUUCCGAACCCGCAGAAUCCCCAGUUUUUUUAUGA